CUCCACUCCUCUCCUCUUAUCCGCGAACAUCCCCUCCUCCCCUUCGACCCCAUUCCUCCUCCCCAUCACAAAACCCGCCACCUCUAAACCCUCGCCCUCCUCCUCCCAUGGCGAUGGCCGGCGCCGCCGGGCGGUGCCUCAUGCUGACCCGCCCGUCCCCUCUCCUCCGCCUCCGCCUCCUCCGCGCCGCGCUCGCUACCACCACGACCACCACCACGGCGGCGGGGGCAUCCGCCGUCACCGCGCCGACCGAGCCCGAGACCACGGCGAGGGAGGCCCCGUCCCGCCACGAGCUCCUCCUCGAGCGCCUCCGGCAGCGCCACCUCAAGGGCGUGCCCGCUGCUACCCCGAGGCCGGCGCAGCGGGAGAAGGGGAGGGGCGGCGGCGGCGGUGGCGCGCAGGAGCUGCAGCAGAAGAGGAGGGUCGAGGUGGUGGAUAGUUUCGAGGAGCUCGGGCUCGGGGAGGAGGUGAUGGCCGCGCUCGGGGAGAUGGGUAUCUCCAAGCCCACCGAGAUCCAGUGCGUUGGUGUGCCCGCCGUGCUGGCUGGCACCAGUGUUGUGCUUGGCUCGCACACCGGUUCCGGGAAGACGCUCGCCUACCUGCUCCCGCUUGUUCAGCUACUGCGUCGUGAUGAAGCAAUGUUGGGAAUGUCAAUGAAACCAAGGAGGCCAAGAGCAGUAGUUCUCUGCCCCACAAGGGAGCUGACUGAGCAGGUCUUCCGUGUCGCAAAGUCCAUAAGCCAUCACGCACGUUUUCGGUCAACAAUGGUUAGUGGAGGCAGCCGUAUAAGGCCCCAGGAAGAUUCUCUGAACAUGCCUGUAGACAUGGUUGUUGGGACUCCUGGGAGGAUUCUUGAUCAUAUCAAGGAUGGAAACAUGGUUUAUGGUGAUAUCAAGUAUCUGGUCCUUGAUGAGGCAGAUACGAUGUUUGAUCAAGGUUUUGGACCAGACAUUAGGAAGUUUCUUGCUCCUUUGAAGAAUCGUGCUGCAAAACCUGGCGAUCAGGGGUUCCAAACUGUAUUAGUUACUGCUACUAUGACCAAGGCAGUACAAAAGCUGAUAGAUGAGGAAUUUGAAGGUAUUGUUCAUUUACGGACAACAACCUUUCAAAAAAGAGUUGCAACUGCACGGCAUGACUUCAUCAAACUGUCUGGUUCAGAAAACAAACUAGAGGCUCUUCUGCAGGUUCUUGAGCCAAGUUUAGCAAAGGGAAAUAAAGUUAUGGUGUUCUGCAAUACUUUGAAUUCAAGUCGUGCCGUGGACCAUUUUCUGACUGAAAAUCAGAUAUCUACUGUAAACUACCAUGGGGAAGUUCCUGCUGAAGAGAGGGUUGAGAACCUGAACAAGUUCCGGAAUGAAGAAGGGGAUUGCCCAACACUGGUCUGCACUGACCUAGCAGCUCGAGGCCUAGACUUGGAUGUUGACCAUGUCAUCAUGUUUGACUUCCCAUCAAACUCUAUUGAUUACCUCCAUAGAACUGGAAGAACAGCACGCAUGGGAGCCAAAGGGAAAGUUACAAGCCUUGUUGCGAAGAAAGAUGUGACUUUAGCAACACGGAUAGAAGAGGCUAUGAAGAAAAACGAGAGCUUAGAGGCACUGACGACUAAUAACGUCAGAAGGGCGGCCGUCAACCCACAGUACACUAGUACCAAAGGACGACCAAGCGCUCUAAAGGUAGUAAACCAGAAGGGUAGAAGGGGAGUUGCACUGCAGACCAAGUCAUCAAGGAUUGUCAAGGACACAACUUCAUCCAGAAGGCGCUCGCCAAUUAGGAGUCAACCAAGGUCGAAAUCGACAUCUUCAGGAAAAGCAAAACCAGUGCGAUCUGCUAAGCCGAGCAAGAGUAGCAGCCCUAGCCCCAAGGUUGCAAAGAGCCGACCGAGACCAGAGGGUCGGAAAGGGGAUGCUCUGAACAAGCUGGGUAGUAAGCUCAGUGUGGUUGGAUUCAGAGGCCGCAGCUCAGGGAAAUCGGCACAAGCAUCAUAGUGAGGCCUCGAGAAUUUUGGGUAGUGAAAUUCAACUUUUUGUAAAUAUCUGUGACUUGUUUCGGCCGUUUUCCCUGCAGGCUUGCAAGACCCUAAUUGAGACGCCCCUUCUAAAAGAAAACGUAGAACACUGAAAUCUUACCACAGUACGUACAUCUAUCUGUUUACAUUGUUGAACAAUAAUAUCAUCUGUUUCACUGUCCAUGAAUAAACACGAAGUGCAUAUGUGAUUGUCUUUCGAAUUCUCGCGUUGAAGAGUAUCUGAGAACCACAUUUCAUA